GACGUGUAAGCCUCAGAUUCAAUAAAAAAACGUGUUGGUCUGUGCGAUGUUUCCAGUAACAAGAGGAACAGCUAAAAUUGUGAAUUUUUAGUUUUUUUUCCUGUUGUAAUUUUAAUUUAUUUUUUUCAAAUUGAUUUUUGCGGUAUUCUCAUUGCGGAAGAACUCGAUUCAUAAAUGGAAGGAAGGAAGAGAAGGAGAGAUAGGGGCGAACUCUGAUAACAUGCCGUCAUAAACCCUCUCGCCCCGCUCUUCCUCUCUCGUGCAUCACAAGUUUAUUCAGAUUUUUGGUUAAUCGGUCGUUGGAAGAAAACAAGUCAUCGUUUUCAAGUGCGGUGUCACUGAGAGGAAAGCGCGACCUUGGGGGAGAGUCGUGGUGGACAUAGUUUUGCUUCUUAAAUCUAAUCUUUCACCAUCAUUGCCCUCUUUCAUAUAUUCCAAAUACAGAGGAACAAUUCAAACAAGCACUAUAGCUUAAAUUGAAGACAUGAUGGCUGAUACAAAGAAAUUGAUUCCUCUUCCACCUCCUCAUCCCCAUCCAGUCGUAGCCAGUUGUUCUUGCAAGGAUGUAAUUAUGAGAAAUUCACCGCCAAGAGGACGUAAUUAUGUUUCCGUAGCAACAAGAGAUUUGUGGGAGCGUCUUUUUGAUGAAGGUUAUAAAGCAGAUGUUUUCAUUAAUACUGAUAAUGGUGGCAUUAUUUACGCGCAUUCUUAUAUUAUUGCCAUGGCUUCUCCAGUGAUGAGAGGCAUGCUUAAGCGAGCAAGACGUCAUCGUCAUAUGAAAUCAAUCUCAAUUUCUGGGGUUCCACAUGGCGCUGUUCGUGUUUUCAUUCGAUUUUUGUAUUGUUCCUGUUACGAGAAAGAAGAGAUAAAGGAAUUCGGGUUACAUUUGUUGGUUCUGUCACAUGUAUUUGCGGUUCCCCACUUGAAGCGCGAGUGUGAACAGGAGCUAGAAUCGAAUUUCCUCACCAUCGACACUAUGGUUGAUGUGUUUCAACUUGCAUUACUAUGUGAUGCUCCCCGCCUUAUCCUCAUUUGUCACCGUCGCAUCCUAAAAAAUUUUAAAGCAGUUUCUGAGUCCGAAGGGUGGAAGGCUAUGAAAGAGAGCCACCCAACUCUUGAGAAGGAACUUCUGGAGUCUCUGAUUGAGGAAGAAAAUAGCACAAAGGAGAGGAUAAGAAAAAUGAAUGAGAAGAAAAUUUAUCUUCAAUUAUACGAGGCAAUGGAAGCUCUGGUUCACAUAUAUAGAGAUGGUUGUCGAACCAUUGGACCACAUGACAAAGACUUCAAAGAAAACCAAGCGCCGUGUAGUUUUGCAGCCUGCAAGUGCUUAGAAUUGCUUGUCCGUCAUUUUGCUUCCUGUAAGUUGAGAGUCCCUGGUGGUUGCAAUCAUUGCAAACGGAUGUGGCAGCUAUUGGAGUUGCACUCUCGAAUAUGUGCCGAUCCAGAUAACUGUAGAGUUCCUUUGUGCAGGAACUUUAAGGAGAGAAUAUCAAAACAAAGCAAGAAAGAUGAAGUUAGGUGGAGAAUACUGGUAGAAAAAAUCUUGAGAACUAAGGGCGUUGCGCUAGCACCAUUCUUUCAAAAACAAUGAUCGCGAGUUUUGUGGAAGCAAAGACGCAGUUGGCAGAGAACCUUCUUCGCGUUGUACAUUUGAUGUUUGUCUCGUUCUUGGGUUA